AUGGAGCAAGAUCAUAUUGUUAUUGUGCCCUAUCCAGAUGCCCAUGCAGGUGUACCAAUAACUGGACAGCCUGCUCAUGAUUCAAAUACCACAUACGGUAUAGAUGCUGGCAACUCCAACAAUAUUUACGCUCCCUUCACCUCCCAGAUAGACUGGGACAUUGCUAAGUGGGCAAAGUUACGCAGUCCUAGUUCAACGGCAUUUACUGACCUUCUUGCAAUUGAUGGGGUCAGUGAAUGGCUCAACCUUUCAUUCAAGAAUUCAAAAGAGCUUAAUAAGAUAAUCAACAAGGACCUUCCUGGACGACCAAAGUUCAAGCGUGAACAAAUCAUUGUCGCUGGCGAAGCAUUUGGCAUUUUCUACCGAGAUAUUGUCGAAUGCAUCAGAUCUUUAUAUAGUGACCCUGACUUCGCCGAUUUUCUCAUAUUCAAACCGGAGCGUCAUUACGCUGAUGAGGAUAAGACGAUACAAUUAUUUCAUGAUGUGCACACUGGUCAGUGGUGGUGGGACACACAGAAAGUGCUCGAUCGACGACGUCCGGGUGCCACAAUCAUCCCUGUCAUCAUAUCGAGCGACAAAACCCAGGUUACCAUGUUCCGCAACAAAACUGCAUAUCCCCCAUCCUGUCGCGCUCACAUUCUCCUAGCGUAUUUGCCUACUACCCGCCUUGAGCAUAUCGCAAAUAAAGCCUCAAGACAUCGAGCUGUUGCAAACCUCUACCAUGCCUGUAUGAGUCGCGUACUGGCUCCCCUAAAGACUGCUGGAGUUGAUGGGCUUGUGAUGAGUAGUGGCGAUGGUGCACGACGUCGUUUUGGUGACUAUCCUGAGCAGUUACUUGCUGCUGGAGUGAAGUCGAUGGAGUGCCUGAAGUGCGAUGUUCCCACAGACGAACUCGAAAGUAAUACAGCGCAAUGCGAUAUACGCGAUCUUCAUGCUGUGUUGGAUGCUCUCGCUCUGAUCGAUGAAGGUGACCUGGCCUUUGUACAAGCAUGUCGUGCUGCUGGAAUCAAACCAGUUGUCCAUCCAUUCUGGGAGGACCUGCCCUAUACAAACAUUUUUCAGGCAAUCAUGCCUGACAUGCUGCACCAACUAUAUCAGGGUCUCGUCAAGCAUUUGCUUGGAUGGUUAGCACAAGCGUGUGGAGCUGCAGAGAUCGAUGCACGAUGCCGUCGGUUACCUCCCAACCAUCAUAUCCGACUAUUCAUGAAGGGUAUUACCAGUCUCAGUCGCCUCAGUGGUACUGAACACAGCCAAAUAUGUCGCUUCCUCCUUGGCAUCAUUAUUGACAUCCGGCUUCCUGGAAAUCUUGCUUCGUCUCGCCUUCUAAAGGCUGUACGCGGUCUCCUCGACUUCCUCUACCUUGCGCAAUAUCCAUAUGAAGCUCGCGCACUCUUUCACGACAACAAGGAGAUAUUCGUUGACCUUGGAAUCCGAAACAACUUCAACCUUCCAAAACUCCAUGCAAUACGUCAUUAUAUGUCUAUGAUUCGGAUGUUUGGGACAACGGAUAACUACAACACCGAGUACACUGAAAGGCUGCAUAUAGAUCUCGCCAAGGAUGCCUAUCGUGCUACCAAUCACAAGCACGAAUUCACGCAGAUGACACGAUGGCUAGAACGAAAGGAGAAGAUCAUCCAUCACGAGCAGUACAUAAAAUGGUGCCUUGAUAGAGAUCGCGCUCCUUAUCAACCGCGUCCACCUGACCUACGCCUCGACCGCACCCUAAAAAUGACAAAGCAUCCAAGCGCCAAAGCUGUCUCAGUUCCAACAUUGAUAUCUGACUAUGGCGCAACUUACUUCCGAGAAGCACUUGCUCGGUACAUUGCAGAACAACAGAAUCCAAAUGAGGUUUUCACUUGUCAGCGGCUGGAGAACGUCGCUGCAGGUAUCCAUUUACCAUUCCACUCCGUCCCCGUAUAUCACAAGAUAAAGUGGUUAUCGACUGACGCUCGAGGGCAUGGCGAUCCACUUGUGACGGUGGAUAGCAUACACGCUAAACCCCAACGCGCUGCUCUCCAAAUGGAUGAUGUAGUACCAGCACGUUUCGAUACUGCACUUAUCAACGAUGGUACUGGCAGCUCUGUUGGCAUCAAAGGCUUCCGCAUAGGCCAAGUUCGUGUCAUUUUCUCAAUUCCUGCAACGGCAACACAACUAUUGUUCCCUCCAGUAAACCAGCCUCCCAAGCACCUUGCGUAUGUCGAAUGGUUUACUCCCUUUCCUGCGACACCAGAUCCCAGGCACGGCAUGUACAAAGUUAGCCGAUUCAUUCAGUCUGGCGAGAGGGUGGCAAGUAUCAUUCCUGUUUCAAAUAUUGCCCGCAGUGUCCAUCUUAUCCCAAAGUUCGGAGCUAUUGUACCUCGACACUGGACAAGUAACAAUGUUCUCGAAGAAUGUGACACCUUCUUCGUUAACUGCUAUAUUGAUAGACAUAGUUUCGUAACUCUCAGAUAA